UCAUGCCAGUCAUCCACUCCACACCACCACACACUCCCCUUCCCUUCCUUCUCCGGUCUCCUCCCUCUCUCGUCGUCGUCGUCGUCGCCGUCGCCGGCUCGCCGCGUUCUCCUCCGCCGCCGCUGCUGAGCCGGGAUGGCCGCGCGUAGCCCCUACUUCGUCCCCGAGAGCGAGGGGAUCCGGGCCGGGGAGUCGCCGGCCGCGGCGCUCCGCAGGAUCCUCGCGUCGCCGGGGGCGCACCAGGCCCCCUGCUGCUUCGACGCGCUCGGCGCCCGCCUCAUCCAGCGCGCGGGGUUCCCGAUCUGCUUCAUGGGCGGUUUCUGUGUUUCUGCCGCACGACUUGGAUUGCCAGAUGCUGGUCUCAUCUCAUAUGGAGAAAUGGUAGAUCAAGGGCGUCUGAUCACUGAAGCUGUAUCACUCCCAGUUAUCGGCGAUGGUGAUAAUGGCUAUGGAAAUGCUAUGAGCAUUAAGAGAACCGUAAAAGGGUAUAUUAAUGCUGGUUUUGCUGGAAUCAUGCUCGAAGAUCAGGUGGCACCAAAAGCAUGUGGACAUACUGAAGGAAGGAAAGUUAUCUCAAGGGAGGAUGCUAUCAUGCACAUAAAAGCUGCCGUAGAUGCUAGGAAAGAGAGUGGUUCUGACAUUGUUAUCAUUGCAAGGUCAGACUCUCGUCAAGCUAUCUCUAUUGAUGAAGCGCUAUGGAGGGUACAGGCUUUUGCCGAUGCUGGAGCAGAUGUUCUAUUCAUUGAUGCUCUUGCUUCAAUAGAAGAGAUGAAAGCAUUUUGUGCGGUUUCACCUAAAGUUCCAAAGAUGGCAAACAUGCUAGAAGGUGGUGGUAAAACUCCCAUAUUGAGCCCUGCUGAACUUCAGGAGAUUGGUUUUAGCCUCGUAGUCUACCCAUUGUCCCUGAUUGGGGUAUCAAUGCUCGCAAUGGAGGAUGCUCUGAUUGCGAUAAAAAGUACUGGUGCACCCCGACCUGGUAGCUUGCCAUCUUUUCAGGAGAUCAAGGAUACUCUAGGGUUUAACCGAUAUUACAAAGAAGAAAAGCAAUAUGCAACAGUCCAGCAAGCCCAGCCAUUAUCCACAAAUAUUGUACUUCGAUUAAAGAUCACAGAAAAAAGUGGAACGCAGAAGAUAAAUGAAGGGAUACCUGCUGGAAUCCUAGAGAAGAUAUCAAAAGCUAUUCCAGGCUUGGCUGGUGUCAAUUUGACGGAAAUACUUCAGGGUGCAGAUCAGUCCCAGAAAGGAAAAUUGCUGCUUGAUCGUGAGGAUGCAACUGGCGACAGGAUCCAGGUGUCCAUCGAGUGAUCAAUGCCUACAUACAUUGCCUAGAAGCAUGGAUGGCCAGUAAUGUAGGGCAAAUCGCCUUCAAUAUUGAAGCAAACGAUUUUCCAAGUUGUAAUGGUAGCCGUUUAGCGUAGUACCUUGAAGUGUUACUUCUGCGAGUUGGGUUUUCCUCUUUGCGUUGCCUUGUGGUGUUAAUAAUCCUGGAUUCCUGUGUUGAUUCAAAUAAAAGAAACCUAUCAUCAGGGGCUUUAGAAUGUUC